CGCGAGGCUUCAGGUAAUGUCGCGAUCUUGUCCAGUUUGGUGAUAAGGAGAGUCUGUCUACUGCUGUCUUCUGUUGUCUGGUGAGGAAAGUCUGUCUUCUGUUGGCCUGGCUUGUUGGGUCGACAUGUUGCUGUUGCUGUUGGUGUCGCUGUUGGCGUCGCUGCUUGCUGGCACGCAGGGUCUCCCUGCCUCCAACUUGACAGGUCGCCUGUCCAGGCAGGACUACCAGUUCCUGCAGUCCCUGCCCAGGGUCCGGUCAUCGACCCAGAUGCCGGGGUUCAAGUACAUCUACGUGGACAGCGUGGGCGGCACGUCCUACCAGGUCAACCCGUCCAUCUACCAGCUGGAGAUUGCCGGCUCCCAGCGCACCUCGUAUGAGGCCAUUCAGGCCGCGGCCCAGUACGUCGGCAAGAUGACCCGGUACAUGCCCCUCAACAUCUUCAUCAACCUCUGCACGCAGGCCUCGGUCGGGAUCUUCACGGCCGCCGAGAAGCUGACCGUCUACCCGGAGUACAGUAACCUGGCUAACGGCAAUUGUGGAUCUUCGUGUACAGGUAGCUGCCAGCACACGUGCACGUUCGACGGCCGGAAGUACGAGGACAUCGCGGGGGUGGGCGGGGCCAGGGCAGUCAUCCUUGACGACAAUGUGCUGUGCUCGCCCCAGGACCCCUACAACCACCAGGAGAAUAUCCUGGCCCACGAGUUCACCCACACCAUCCAACAGUACGCCCUCACCCCCACCGACCAAGCCCACAUCACCCAGGCUUACAACGCCGCCAAGCAGGCCCAGACGUGGAACCUCAACUCCUACGCCAUGUCGGAUGACCGUGAGUACUUCGCCGAGGCCGCGACCGUGUUUUUCGGGGUCAACAUGUACAGUAGCCUCAACACGGGGGGCAUGAACGUGUGUGGGGUCAGCGGCUUCUGUGGGGGUGAGAUGCAGGCGCGUCAGAACCUGUGGGCCCGGGACCCCCGCCUGUACAGCAUCCUGUCAUACGUCUUUACCGACAACCGUCCCAGCUACUACAGUAGUCUGACUGUGUGUCCGGCAUUCACAGCUGUUGGCUGACAGAUGAGGACACAGUCCUGGUUGUUGGGUGACAGAUAGAGUCACGACGGAUCUGUCAUUGGAGAAGGCUAAUGCGUGUUUCUAGUUAAAUAAAUAAAUUGACUGCAUUCGGUUAACGAAACUAGCUUGUGUUUGAAGUUCUUAAAGUGAUAAAUAAAGCGUUAAGAAAA